GGGGGUGUUCCUGUCAAUUACAACACGUCUCGUUGUGUUGUAGCAGAGGUGCAGGUUGGGUCGGAUCUGCAGUUGAAUAACUCGCCCCCUGCACAUUUUAAGUUUCCUUAGAACUUUUUGUCUAAAGAAAAACACGUUUAGUGGAACUUAAAGAAAAAUCACAAGAAGUGGGAGUGCUUGAAUUCAGUCGUGUUUCUGGUAGUUUGUGGACUAACAUCACAUGGCUAUUAAUUAGUCACCAAAAAACGGAAAGGCUUCUUCAACAUGGUCAAAGCCUUUUCCAAGGCACUGCUUUAUAACGUACUUCCUAUUUUUUGUUUUAUCGUGUCGGGUCUGAGUCAAAGUCAUCUAAGGCAGGAUUCGAAUUGUCAUGCAAUUACAGGUUCUGAAAAAUUCAACACAGCAGCUCUCUUUCCUUCGAUAGCAGAUCAGCUAAAAAAAUUAAGCCAUAUUCGAAACCCUAGGCUAAUUGAUUCAGGGAAACUUUAUAUGGAUCACAGUGAUAUUCGGGUGGUACAAGGCUUCAAGAAUUUCCGGGGCUGUCCGAAAGCUGCACAACAAUUCAAGGUUUUCCAAAAUGCUGAAAAUUGGUACGCUGUAAUUGCUACCAAUGCGGUGGAAAACAACACAGAAAUUUACUCAUUUUCUGCGUUAAACGGAUGUGAAAAAUUACUCGAAACGCUUCCGACCCGCCUGGCGUUCGAUUUUGAGGUCGUUCGCACUAAUGACGUCAUACGUAUAGUCGUUUUGGAGAAAACCCCAGCCAAAUACCCACACAAACGGACUGGAUCUUCAGUUUACACCAUUAACUUCGCCAGUAAUGGGACCAUCAGCGCCAACAGAAGAGAAGCGCUUCGCAGUGAAGAUCCCACUUGCAUCACUACUUGGGAACAGUUUGGAAUUCCACACGUCGCUAUUUGUAACGGCAAGAAUCGUGAUUUUAGAGGAAUUGAAAGCUAUUGGGCAAAGUUGUAUAUUUACUAUGCUAGUGGAGGCUAUUUUGAUCGAUGCGGAGAAAUCGAGACACACUUUCCGAAGGCGAUCCGACACUUCCGCAUAUUUUCCAAGCACUAUUUAGCUGUUGCCAAUUACCCUAACGAAACUGUGGCUGAAAAUGUCCCCACUGAAAUUCUUCGAUAUGAUCUCGGCACAAAAAUGUAUAAACAGUUGCAGCUUUUGCCAACCAAGGGUGCAUCUGAUUUGUGCUUCUUAGACAUUGGUACGGGGCUGAAUACCCUCCACUUCCUCGUGGUUGUGAAUAGGCUUGCUUUCGAUUCCACAGGAAAGUCCAAUAACGAUGCCACAUCGCAUGUUUAUAAAUUUAUUGGCGAAAGGUUCGAACCGUUUCAGUCUAUUGCUAUUGACAGUAAAACGACGGGAUGCCAUGCUUUUCAGGUAAUUUUGUUUUUGUGA